AUGGUUGUCUCCGAGUUGACGGCGUCUGCCGUUGCCAUGAAGUCCUCGCCACCAUCGGACAGAGGCGACAGCAGCAGCAGCAUAGAAGCCCAGCUGCUGCCACUCCAGAACUGCGCAAAGCAGGGCAAGUCGCCUUUUAUCAAGGCCUAUGAGGAUAGUCUCGUGGCCUGGCAGCUGUUGGACAACGAGUCUGUCGAGAGGGCGAGGAGGGAGAACAAGCUCAUCUUCCUACACAUUGGAUAUAGGGCCUGCCACUUCUCUCGCCUCAUGGCCCUAGAGUCCUUCUCCAACUCCGAUUGCGCUGCCGUCCUGAACCACUCCUUCAUCCCCAUCAUUGUCGACCGCGAAGUGCGCCCCGAUAUCGACACCAUCUACAUGAACUAUGUCCAGGCCGUGAGCAAUUCUGGAGGCUGGCCGCUCAACCUCUUCCUCACUCCUGAGCUAGAGCCCGUCUUUGGAGGCACGUACUGGCCUGGCCCUAGUGUGGCAAGAAGAGCGACAGAGGACCAUGGCGAUGAGCCUUUGGACUUUCUAGUUAUCUUGAAAAAGGUCCGCAACAUCUGGAAGGAUCAGCAAGCCAGAUGUCGUAAAGAGGCAACCGAGGUCAUUGGCCAACUGCGUGAAUUUGCGGCCGAGGGCACUCUUGGGAAACGAAGCAUUACCGCUCCACAGCAGAUAGCUCCUGCUGGAUGGGCUGCUCCAGUGUCCAACCAACCCGUUGCCAAGGUGAGCGACAGCACGGCCGUGUCCAGCGAGUUGGAUCUCGACCAGCUCGAAGAGGCCUAUACGCACAUCGCCGGAACCUUUGAUCCAGUAUACGGGGGUUUUGGCCUUGCUCCGAAAUUCCUGACGCCACCCAAGCUGGCCUUUUUGUUGGAGCUGGUCAACUUCCCCUCUCCAGUGCAGGAUGUUGUGGGCGAGGCCGAGUGUAAACAUGCGCUGGACAUGGCUCUGGAUACUCUGCGCAAGAUCCGUGAUGGAGCGCUGCAUGACCACAUUGGGGCCACUGGAUUUGCCAGAUGCUCCGUCACGCCUGAUUGGAGCAUCCCCAACUUUGAGAAGAUGGUGGUUGACAAUGCAUCACUCUUACAGCUGUACUUGGAGGCGUGGAAAAGGAGUGGCGGGAGGGAGAACGAUGAAUUUUAUGAUGUCGUCGUCGAACUUGCCGAGUACCUAACCUCCGCGCCCAUUGCUCUCCCGAACGGUGGCUUUGCCUCCUCCGAGGCCGCCGACUCCUAUGCUAAGCGGGGAGACGGUGACAAGAGAGAGGGAGCCUAUUAUCUAUGGACACGACGUGAGUUUGCUUCUGUCGUCGGUGCUGAUGACCCCCAUAUCAGCCCCAUGGUUGAAGCAUACUGGGACGUGCAGGAAGAUGGAAACGUGGACGAGGAUCACGACCCAAACGAUGACUUUAUUAACCAAAACAUCUUGAGGAUCAGGAAAACGCCCGAUGAACUGAGCAAACAGUUCAAUGUCCCUGUCGCCACGGUGAAGAAAAAUAUCCAGACGGCUAGGGAGGCGCUCAAGAAGAGGCGGGAGAAGGAGCGGCCGCACCCAGAUGUGGAUGACAAAAUUGUCACUGGAUGGAAUGGAUUGGUUGUUUCGGCUUUGGUGCGAACGGCAACAUCUCUCAAGGAGCUGAAGCCGGAGAAGAGCCAAAAGUACCUCAACGCAGCCAAAGCAUGCGUGACCUUUAUCAAGGAGAAGCUGUGGGAUGAGAAGAACAAGACCCUGUACCGGAUAUGGAGCGAUGAGCGGCACACCGAAGGCUUUGCGGAUGAUUAUGCGUAUCUAAUUCAUGGCGUUUUGGAUCUCUUUGAUGCUACUGGGGACGAGAGUUAUGUCGAAUUCGCCGACAGCCUGCAGACCUUCUUCUCAACCACCUUGUCUUCUCCUCACACCAUUCUCCGUCUCAAGGACGGCAUGGAUACAUCCCUACCCUCUACCAACGGGGUUUCAGUCUCAAACCUUUUCCGGCUCGGCGAGCUUCUGGGAGACGAGAAGUUCACUGGCUUCGCGCGCGAGACUAUCAAUGCCUUUGAGGCGGAGAUGUUGCAGCACCCGUGGCUGUUCCCGGGCCUUCUGGGAGGCGUUGUAGUGGCUAGGCUGGGUCUGGGAUUGGAGGUGAGGACUGUCGAUGUGAGGUACAAGACGACGAGGCAAAAGGCGUAA